AUGGUCCCAGUCUGGAAAUUAAAAAAUGUGUUUGAAAAGAAAACUGAAGAAAAAGCAAAAGAGUUUAAGGAUAAUGAAAAGCAAUCUGAAAAUAGUGAAACCUCAGGGAAAGAUUCUACUGCUGGUUCUGAAGUUGCUAAUGACAGUGAAAAAGAAUCAGGUACAGAUUGUCAGUGUAAUAAAGAAUCAAAAUCAAGCACAGAUUUAGAUAAGGAAUUAAGUAACGAAACGCAUGUCUGUAAAUCAACAGAAAAGCCCGAGGCACAAGCAGAAGUAAAGGACAAAAACCCACCUGAAUCUGAAAGUAAAAAUUCGCCGCAGAUAGAGGCUGAUAGUAGUGCUAAUGUAUCAGUUAAUGAUGACAAAUCUGAAGCCAAUGAAAUAACUACAGGGCAUGAAAAAAGUUCUGAAACUGAACCAGUGUCUAAAGGUGUAGAAAAUGGCAAAGUAAGUGAUGAUGUUAAGCCAGGUAGUAGUAGAGAAGAUAAUGAAAAACCGGGCUCAAGUACCGAUCUCCAAAAUGUGAGGAAUAUAUGGGCACCAGGCAGACAGAAUAUUGCCUUAAGACUUGGAACCAAUCAGUUCUGUUACAUCCCACCUUACAAGUACAUUUUCCCGGAAGCAGAGUAUUUCAGGGUGGUGAGGUCGAGUUCUGAGAGUGAAGGUUGUUCUGACAUGGACAGAGAUACAACUAUGGAUUCAUCAAGAGAAUUGAACCUUACUCAUACAACCACUGACAGUAGUGCAAUAGAAGGGGAUGUUAUUGAUCUAACAACGGAUGAUGAAGAUGAAAAAGUUGGGCCUAAAGACGAAAGUAUGAAAAUGGUUUCCGAUGAAAAAGUUGGACCUAAAGAUGAAAGUAUGAAAAUAAUUACUGAUGAAAAAGUUGGACCUAAAGACGAAAAUAUGAAAACGGUUUCCGGUGAAAAAGUUGGACCUGGAGUAGUAAGCAAGGAGAAAGCCUUAGCUGAUAUUAGUGUGAGAAAAGACAUUGAAGUAGAAAAUAAGACAGAUGAUGCAAAAGAGAUAAGUAAAGGUGCUGGUGAUAAAGAGAAAGAGGUUAUAGAUGUAGGAGAUACAACUGCUGAAGUUUUAGUAGAUUAAACUUUUGUUUGUACAGAAAAAUAAACACUUUCAAAUGAAAACUUACAUAUACAUAUAUAUAUUUGAUUUUUUUUCAAGUGAUCUCCCAAGUCAUUUAUAGAAAAGCAUUUGUUAUUGUUUCUAAAUUGUUAUUGAAAAAAAAAAUUCAGGAUGUCCCAAAACCAUAUAAUAUAAGCACACAAAUUGAUGUUGUUUUGAUAAGGCAGCUGUGCAUUUUAUUUUUGAAUUCUUUCAUGA